AUGGCACCACCUAAACCCCCAAAUCCUUCUUCCAAAGAGAUUUUGGAAGAAGCUAUCCAAAUUUCUACCUUAAACCUAAACAAUGCUAUGGCUGAAAAUCAAGAACAAUUAGAUGUGAGAUUUGCUAACUUUUCAGCAUCUAUAGCACAUCAAAUAGGGGAGAUUCACUCAAGGAUGAAUGCUGAAAGAGAAGAUGAAGAUUCAAAAUAUGAAGCUUUAAUGGCUGCCAUUCAAAAGGCAGGAUUGCAAAAGGAAAAACUAGCUACUGUGUCUACUGCUGCUGCACAAUCUUCAUCUCCUUCAGGUACUGCCCAAAAUUCCUCCACCAUUUUAUUUGGUACUCCACCUUUUACACAAACCCUCACACCAGCACAAUCACCCCUUAGACCACCUAACAGCCACGUCAGCCCUGCCCACACACAUGCUGUCGUAGUGACGUCAGCUCCACAGAUCAUGACGUCAGCAUCCCAUAUAAUGACGUCAGCAACCCCACCACCGCCUUUUCAUACAUACCCCCCUUAUAUUAACCCACAGACUGUUUUCAUACCACCCCAUUCACUCCCACAACCAUUCCCACAACCAGAAUUUUACCCACCACAACAUCCCAUUCCUAAUUUACCCCCAAUCCGAUCCCCUAAGCUAGAAUUGUCAUUAUUUGAUGGAACCAAUCCGUUAGAAUGGCUUUUCCAAGCGGAUCAGUAUUUUGGCUUUUAUAAUUUACCCCCAGAAAAUCGUUUGUCUCUUGUUUCAUUUUAUAUGAAAGGGGAUGCCUUAAGUUGGUUUAAAUGGAUGCAUCAAAAUCACUUGUUAAGUACUUGGGGCUCUUUUACAAGGGAUUUAGAAUUAAGGUUUGGUCCAUCUACCUUUGAAAACCAUCAAGCAGAAUUAUUUAAAUUAAAACAAGUUGGGUCAGUUAUGGAAUAUCAAACUAAAUUUGAACAACUUGGUAACAAGGUUGUGGGGCUGCCAGCAGAAGCCAUAUUAAAUUGUUUUAUUUCUGGAUUACAGCAAGAUAUCCAGAAUGAGUUAGCUAUUCAUAAACCCACCUCAAUUUCCCAUGCCAUAGGACUUGCCAAACUAAUCGAAUCUAAACUAAAAGAGUCCAAAACCAAGUUUCCCAAACCAUUUCAACCAUCCUAUCAAAAACAACACCCUUUUGCUUCCACCUCCCAAACUACAAAAACAUCCUUCCCUACACCAACAACACCUUUGAACCCCCCAAAACCACCCUUAACCAACCAAACCAAGAUUCCCAUUCGCAAGUUAACUCAGGCCCAACUCCAAGAGCGGCGGGCCCAGGGUCUUUGUUUUAAUUGUGACGAAAAUUUUUUUACCGGACACAAAUGCACAACUAGCAGAUUCUUUAUUCUAAUAGCUGAUGAGGAAAUUCAGCCUGAAACUCAAGAGGUGGCAGAACUAUCAGAAGUUCAUAUGGAAACUGACUUAGUUGAUACAUAUUUUCAACUCUCUCCCCAAGCAGCAACAGGUCAAUUCUGCCCACAAACCCUCAAAUUCAAAGGUUCAAUAGCAGGUCUGCCAGUCAUGGUACUUGUUGACACGGGCAGCACCCACAACAUCAUGCAGCCCAGAAUUGCACAACACUUAAAUCUGCAUACAACACCUAUCAACCAAUUUUCAGUAAUGGUGGGCAAUGGCUCUCAUUUGCAAUGUGAAGGUAUUUGUGAUAAUGUGGAAAUCAUGUUGCAAAAUAAACCUUUCAACCUGCCCUUUUACUUAUUACCGAUUGAAGGGGCAGAUAUUGUGCUAGGCAUGGCUUGGCUAAGAACUCUAGGUCCUAUACAAGCUGAUUUCUCAAUCCCAUCCCUUACUUUUCAAUACCUCACAAAACCAAUUACUUUAACAGGCGACCCUAACACUUAUCCAACCCAUACUUCUUUUCAUCAAUUAAAACAGCUCAUUCAUACUGACGCAGUUGCCUCUUUCCACCUACUACUUAUGGAACCAACAAAUGCCAAACUCCAUUUUCCAGAACAAGAACCUCAUGAACUCAAGCCACUUUCCCCACAAAUUACCCAACUCUUAACAAAAUUCCAAAACAUUUUUCAACAACCCAAAGGCCUACCCCCUCAAAGAACCCAUGACCACCACAUUAACCUCUUACCUAAUACUUCCCCCAUCAAUGUAAAGCCAUACCGUUACCCCCACUCAAAAAAGGAUGCUAUGACAACUUUAAUCCAACAAAUGCUUGAGGAAGGAACCAUUGUUCCUAGUACUAGCCCUUUCUCUUCACCCGUGUUACUUGUCAAAAAAAAAGACGGGACGUGGCGUUUCUGCGUAGAUUACCGCGCAUUAAACGCAGUUACAAUUAAAGAUAGAUUCCCCAUACCCAAUAUUGAUGAACUAUUAGACGAGUUGGGAUCAGCAACUGUUUUCACCAAGAUAGAUUUAUGUUCAGGAUACCAUCAGAUCAGGGUUGCAUCAAAAGACACAUAUAAAACAGCUUUUCGAACAUUUGACGGACACUAUGAAUUCCUAGUUAUGCCCUUUGGGUUAACUAAUGGGCCUUCUACGUUCCAAUCAGCGAUGAAUGAUCUAUUAAGGCCGUUCCUCAGGCGCUUUGUUCUAGUUUUUUUUGAUGACAUUUUAAUUUACAGUUCCAAUUUUAGUGAGCAUAUUGACCAUUUGCAGGUUGUGUUCCAGUUAUUGAAGGACCAUCAGUAUUUUGUGAAGUUAUCUAAGUGUGUGUUUGCAGCUGAACAGAUUAAUUUCCUAGGGCAUAUAAUAUCAGCGAGUGGUGUUGCACCCGAUUCAGAGAAAAUUAAAGCUAUUCUAGACUGGCCGGCGCCACGUUCUCUCUCGGCACUUCGGGGAUUUCUCGGCCUCACCGGAUUUUAUCGUCGUUUCGUUAAACACUACGCCACACUCGCCGCUCCUCUCACCGAUCUCUUGCGUUCCACUAAAUUUAUAUGGAGUACAGAGGCUGAUGCAGCCUUUACAAAUCUUAAAAGAAAAAUGACCGACAUGCCGGUCUUGGCUCUACCUAACUUUACAAAAGACUUCAACAUUGAUACCGAUGCAUCUGGGGUAGCUAUAGGCGCCGUGUUGUCUCAGGAGGGUCAUCCAAUUGCUUUCUUCAGUAAGAAAAUGUGUCCUAGAAUGCAGGCGGCGUCGGUGUAUGUACGAGAGAUGUUUGCCAUCACAGAAUCUGUAAAGAAAUGGCGUCAGUACCUCAUAGGCCAUAAAUUUCACAUCUAUACAGAUCAGAAGAGCCUAAGGGAUUUAUUAUUACAAAGAAUCCAAACACCAGAACAACAGAGAUGGACAGCAAAAUUACAAGGUUUUGACUUUGAGAUAUCUUACAAACCUGGUCGGACGAAUCUGGUGGCAGAUGCUCUCAGCAGAAAGUUUGAGAAGGAAGGAUCUUUGUUGCUAGCUUUAUCUUCUCCAUUUCCGGAUCUAUUCACAACUCUCAAAAGGUUCUACAAGUUUGAUAUCGUGGGUCAGGAUCUCCUCAAACUAGCUUUCCAACCAAACACAGAUUACUCAAUAUCACAAGAACUGCUAUAUUACAAGAACAGAGUGUACAUACCAGAUUUGGAAGAUCUACGUUUGCGAAUCUUGAAGGAACAUCAUAGUACACCAGAAGGAGGGCACUCCGGGGUCAAGGCUACCUUAGCACGCAUUGGAACUUCUUUUUGUUGGCCAGGUAUGUACCUUGCAGUUAAGAACAUGGUUAAACACUGCUCACACUGUCAACAUAAUAAAUACGAUACACAAAAGAAGAGGGGACUGCUACAGCCACUACCAGUUCCAGAAAGAGUAUGGGAAGAUAUCACUAUGGAUUUCAUUGCAAACUUACCGUCUUCUGCCGGGCAUACAGUGAUCUGGGUCCUUUGUGAUCGUCUCAGCAAAUUUGUCCACUUUGUUCCACUUCCUACACACUUUACUGCUAAGGAUUUGGCCGCUCGCUUUACGGUAGAAAUUUUUCGCCUUCACGGCAUACCCAGAUCCAUUGUGUCUGACCGAGAUCCUCUCUUUCUAAGCAAGUUUUGGAAACAUUUUUUUAAGCUCCAAGGAACACACCUGAAAUAUAGCACCUCUUAUCACCCAGAGACUGAUGGUCAAACGGAAGUAGUAAAUCGUUCAUUAGAAACAUACCUGCGGUGUCUAGCUGGUGACCAUCCUCAUAAAUGGCACAGAUUCUUGCAUCUUGCUGAAUACUGGUACAACACAUCAUUUCACACGGCCAUUCAGAUGUCUCCUUUCAAAGCACUGUAUGGCCGCGACCCCCCAAAGCUUUUGGACUAUGUGACAGGAGCAACUCCGGAUGCUAAUGUAAACCAGACCUUACAACAACAACAGGAGGUACUCACGCAGUUAAAACAACAUCUCAAAAGAAGUAGAAUCAACAUGGAGAAACAGGCAAACAAAAAACGAAGGUCAUUUACCUUUCAAGAGGGAGAUCUGGUUCUUUUAAAACUCCAACCAUACCGCCAGACUACAGUUGCACAGCGUCUCAGUCAGAAGUUAGCAAAGAAGUAUUAUGGUCCUUUUAAAGUGGUAAAACGAGUGGAAAACGUGGACUACCUCUUAGAUCUGCCUUCAUCAUCUCGCAUCCACCCGGUUGUUCACGUCUCGUUGUUGAAACCUUUUCAUGGUGAAGAUAUGAAUCCGGACUGCAAGCAAAGUUCUCAGCAAGAUUCGAGUAUUAUUGCUCCGGUUUAUGUUUCUGGGCUCAGCGGACAUCAGGAUGAACACGAUCUUCACGACACGGAGACAAGUUUCGAACCUGUUGGACAAAGUCACACGGUCAGCUCACUGGACCCCAAACCACCAGAACAAAUCAAAGCAAACAUCACACAAACAGAAGACUUACCGAGUGUCGACGGAGGUUGUGUCGACCAGGAGCACGACGACGGAGGUUGUGUCGACCAGGAGCGCGACGACGGAGUUACGCUGUUGAAGGCAGACCGGCAGAAAUCAGUGAAGCUACGAAGAGGAGAGUUCGCGGUUCGCAAGAGAGAAAGCAUGUUGGAGAACAAUUCUGAAGUGCCUAAGUUAUGUACUCCUCAAAUGGUACUUAACCCUAAUGUGAUGGAUGAAAGUACAACUCAACUUAAGUGUUUGGACAAAUUUGCCCUUCAGCCAGCUAACGUUCCAAUUUCUGUUCCCAAAGUCACAAAACGUGUUUGCUUUGGUAAUAGCUGUAUUCCAGCCAAACACACUGCUCGAGACAUGACCAUACCCUCUAAUAUCCAAUCAAAAGCUACUUUUCGGAUUCCCCCUUAUCUUCCAGAGAUUUCCCCACCGCCCAAGAUAACUACUGACGUGGAUUCACCAAAACCACACUCCAUUUUCGGUUCAGCCAGCAAUACAAGCAACCCAUUACCAAGUCCAGCUACCACAUGGCCCAAAACCGUGAAAACCCCUUUGAACCUUGAGGACAAGGUUCCUUUUGGGCCCGGGAGUAAUGAUAUGAAGCUUAAGAGGUCCAACAGAAUUAAAAUGCAAUCUGUUUGGUUGAAGGACUUUGUGCUAGAAUAA